AUGCAUGCGGACGAGUUGCAAGUGUCACUUACCAACCCCGGCGGCACGGGCACGGGUAUGGUGACGAAUACACCCCCAGCAGCGAGACGCGGGCGGCCGCGUUCCGUGUCGACGUCGGCAAAACCGCUUGCGCAAGCGGCUUUGGACGCGGAGGCGGCAAAGAUGAAAGAGUUGCUGCAGCACGGGGGCGGACAGGAAGUAGUCGGGGACGCAGAGGGGGUGGCGCAUCGAACGCGCAAAGUGUCCGUGACCGCGACCGCGCUGCAUCCGGGCUACACGCAGAUGGUACGCGCCGCGCUUUUGGCACUUUGUCCUCCGACCGAUACGAAGAAGGGCGCGUCGCGUGCGGCCAUUCUCAAGUACAUUGUGCAGAAUUUUACGUUGGGCGAGCAGCUGGGAACGAUCAAUGCGCAUCUGAGACAAGCGUUGCGUCGCGGUGUCGAAUCUGGCAAUUUGAGACAUACCAAAGGGGUGGGCGCGUCCGGGUCGUUCCUUUUGGUCGCCGUCAAGGAGCACCCAAAGAAACCCGUGAGACCGGCUGGCAGAGGUCCAAAAUUAUAUUUAUUA